GUUUGAGUACGAAGAAAAACAGGGAUUUUGCAAGCAGGGAAUUGGCCAAAUUAAACGUAAUCAUGCUCUUGUUAUAUCACUCUCACAUCUGGCCCCGGGGUGACCUCCACCGUGCCUGCUGUCGGUGUGGUCAGCACCGGGGUGACGGGAUGCGCGCUGUGGUCAGUCGAUCCAGUGCGCACUAACCAUGCCUCCGGCACGGCCCGGAGCGCCAAACUUUCACCAGCAACGUCCGGAAGUUUGUGGGAUCGUGACGGAAAUGAAGGUGUUGGAGGGGGAAAAAAAUAGAGGCGGUUGUCACUUUGUCCUGUUACUGUAGGUUCUGCUGAAGACUGGAUGCUCUGCUGCUGAUUCUGACGACUGAGCCUCCCAUCUGUCUGUCUCUGUGUGUGUGAUUGUCUUAUCCUGGGGUCCUACAGCUUUGCAUUGGCUGAACUGCAGCCAUGGAGGUGGCCCUGGUAGACUUUGAAAGCCUGGAUGACCUUGAUGGCAGCCUUGAGGAUGAAAUGGACACUGAUGCUGAUGAGACCACAGCUCUCACUGUGGACAUGCCCCCAGAGCACAACAGCCCAGGCAGCAGCUACCGUCUGCAAAUCCCUCAACCAUCCUCUACGCCUUCCCACCACAGUCCCUCAGUGACCUCCUGCAUUUGGGAUUCCACCUCGUCUUUGCCCAUUCCACAGAUACAUACACUGGGAGUACCACAGUCUCCAACAAUGCCAACUCCAAGCAGACAGGGGCGCACUAGCUGUGCCAGUAUGAUCUCCAACUGGAAAUUGCUGUUAAGAAGUGAGGGCACUAAGGAGAGUGAGAUGAUCUUCAGCCGGCUCACUAAGGAGUGCUGCGAGGAUCUGUUUGUAGAUAAACGAGGGCUGAAUGAUGGAGACCAGAAAGUCAUUAUUAACAUUGCUGGUCUGCGUUUUGAGACACAGCUCAAAACAUUGGACCAGUUUCCUGACACGCUGCUAGGAGACCCUUUUAAGAGGAUGGACUACUUUGAUCCCAUGAGGAACGAGUACUUCUUUGAUCGGAACCGACCCAGUUUUGACGGGAUCUUGUAUUACUACCAGUCAGGGGGUAAGAUCAGACGUCCAGCUAAUGUUCCCCUGGAUGUGUUUGCUGAUGAAAUUCUGUUCUACGAGCUUGGAAACGAGGCCAUGGAGCAGUUCAGAGAAGAUGAGGGAUUCAUAAAGGAUGUUGAGAUCCCUCUACCUGAUAAUGAUAUCUAUAGGCAAUUCUGGCUGCUGUUUGAGUACCCAGAGAGCUCCAAUGCGGCCCGGGGUGUAGCACUGGUAUCUGUUUUUGUAAUUGUCAUAUCCAUCAUUAUUUUCUGCAUGGAAACACUGCCAGAAUUCAGAGAUGACACUGACACAAUUGUGCCCACAGCAGUACAGCCUUUCAACCAAUCCAGAGGCUACACUUCUGUGGCUCCACCUGGUGUACAGCCUACAACUUUCACUGAUCCCUUCUUCAUUGUUGAGACGGCCUGCAUUGCGUGGUUCUUCUUUGAACUGUGUGUGCGAUUUUUAGUCUGUCCUAGCAAAAAGGAAUUUUUCCACAACCUCAUGAACAUCAUUGACAUUAUAUCCAUCAUCCCCUAUUUUGUUACUGUGGUAACAGAAUUGGUCACAACGCCUGAAGAGAACUCAGGACAGAACAUGUCUUUGGCCAUUCUGCGUAUCAUCCGUCUGGUCAGGGUGUUUCGUAUAUUCAAACUCUCGCGUCACUCCAAGGGACUACAGAUCCUCGGACAGACUCUGAAGGCUAGCAUGCGUGAGCUUGGCUUGCUCAUCUUCUUCCUCUUCAUCGGUGUCAUCCUCUUCUCCAGUGCUAUCUACUUUGCUGAAGUAGAUGAGCCUAACACACAGUUUGUCAGCAUACCUGAUGGCUUCUGGUGGGCUGUUGUUACCAUGACCACUGUAGGCUAUGGGGACAUGUGUCCAAUUACCAUGGGGGGUAAAAUGGUGGGCACCUUGUGUGCUAUUGCUGGUGUGCUGACCAUUGCUUUGCCUGUUCCUGUCAUUGUCUCCAAUUUCAACUACUUCUACCACAGAGAGACAGAAGCAGAGGACAAGUUGCCCAUGGCAGAUGCUGUUGAACAAGCCAUGAAGUCUGACACAGACACCAAACAGGGUAGCAACACCUCGCUGAAUAAAGCCAAUGGCAUCUGGCAGAUGGGCAAAGGCCACACCAGUAGCAACAGAGUAGGCUACACGGAGCCCAUGAGGUAAGCACGUGUCAAUAGUGUUUUUUUAAUAACUCUCACUGCCAGAGGGAGGAGACAAAAGUCCCACACUCCAACUUUAAUGAAAAGUAAAGUCAAAAGUUAAAUGUCAUAACCCAAAAUGUUCACAUGAUUAUAAUUGUCCACUGCAUUGCAGAGCUAUUUCCUGGUUCAGUUUAAAGGAAUUACCUUUCUGCUGCUGGAAUAGCUGACAAAUCAUUGUAUUUGUACAAUGGUUAAUAGGUUAUGGAAAGGUGAGUAACAGAUCAUGUAACUCUGUCUGUGCAACACACAGUUCCUACAAGUUUAACAAGGUUUCAUGGCUCAUCCUGUCUUUAGGUUAUGUUUUGUUUUUUCUUUCCCAUUUAGUUCUGAAUUUUCUGUGUUAUUUUGGUAUGUAACUCUCCUCCCGUUUCAGAUCCACUUACUGCCCUUGUGUGUUUCCCACUCCUGUCUUCGUCAUCAUCCCUUAAUGUCAUCCACCUGUGUCUCUUUACCCUCACUUCUUUUGUGUAUUUAGUCUGUGUGAUCCCUGCUCCCUAAGCCAGUUCGUCUUAGCCUUUUUCCAGCAUUAUUAUCCCAGUUAUUGUCUUCUAGUGUUUUUGACCCCGGAUCUGUUUUUUGACUCUGCCUUUGCCUAGCCCUUUUUGUCUUGUUGCCUUCUCUGACUGCCUGCCCAUGUACCAAACCUGCCUAGUAAAGACUUUGUUUUGGAAACUGACUGUGUGAGUCAUGCAUUUGGGUCUAGCCCUGGUGUACCAGACACUCCUUGUCACAAGGUAACACUGGAGAUGGCAUUUAUAGUGGACAUUACCUUUCAUCUUUCAUCUUUAAAAACAGUGUCUAAGACACAUGUUCUGUGGGUUCCAAUAGAUGCUACCACUGCCACAAUGUGCAAUGUGCAUAAUCAUAACUGAUAGGAGUAAUGGCCAAUCACAUAUAAGAGCAAGGUUGUUAAAAAAAAAAUCAUAAACACAAACUAAAAACACAUAAAAAUCCCAAACAAAAUGUUCCUUUAUGUGUCAUGAAUGAGUAACUUGUGUAUAGUUUCUAGAUUAUCGCCCAGUUGUAUUAAUUUAUUUAAAAAAUGUAUCGCAUUUCUAUUGUAUUUAUUCACUCUGUUUGAUAAGUAGCAUGGACAAGAAUCCUCCACUAUUGAUAGCAAUCUGACUCCACAGUAUGUAUUAUAAUAGAGUGCCUUAAAUCAUGCAAUGUUGGGAUACUUUUAAUUUUGCCAUACAUAAUCUUAAUACCUGUAUGUUUAUCAUGCAUAUGUGCUCAGUUUUUUUGAUUUCAGCUUGAAUGUGGCUGAAAAAAAAGUUGUAACUUUUCUCCAUUCAAGCCUUUUGUCUUUUUUUGUGAGCAGCUAACUCUGUAUCUUAUUUUAACAACAAAAUUGAAGAGGAGUUUUUUGUUUUUCAAAAUGCUGUCCCACAAAAAAACAUUCUGACAUAAAAUACAAUUGAACAUGUCCAAAGUAUAGGGGAUCAAAUCAGCAUCAAAAUUUGCAUUUCAUGUUAUAAACAUGAUCAAUUUUGUAAAUUUGUGAAUAUCAUAUUAAGAAAGUAAACUUUUCAGUUACAUGUAAAAUCAUGUAAAAACACUGAGAAAGUGAGACAAAGAAGAUAGAAGCCAAAGACAAUUGCUGAAUAAAGGGAAUAAAGGGAACUGUUACAGGGUCAUGGGACAUUGGGCCAAAAUGUCCUAUGACCCAUCUUAUUUUGCAGGAGUAAAUGUUAAUUAUGCUGUAUCAGUGUAAUGUAUUAGUAUUUCUUUUAUAACAUGUUUAAAAGAAAUCUUGGAAAGUGACGUGUUAAUUCAGAUCCAGGAAUAUGCUAUAAUAUUAUCUCAAAAUAGCUUUAGACUCAUGUAAUGUUUGUCUGGAUUUCUGGUUCAGCAUAAUGAUGAAACUGGGAUUAUAUGUAUGUGUUUUCUGUGUUUGACAAUCAGUUUCAUGGUGAUGAUGAUUAUGGUAAUGAAGUCAGUUGUUAUGAUAUAGUCAGACCCUCAUUGGGAAAGUCACUGUUGUACAAGUUCAGAGGUAGAUUGGCCUGAAGUGAUUACCUGCGUCAUCAUAGCUACAGCAGGCUGGGGUUUAUUACACCAAUAAGACCAGUACACUGUAUUUGUAUUUGUACGUAUGAUAACAUUUCAGUAUAUGAUUUACUGUAAUGUAGAUGCAAUAUAUUCUGGGAUUUUA